CUGGGAAAGGAAGGGAAAUGUAUGGCAGAGGUAGUGGAUGUUUUCUCGCAGAGUGUGGAAUCAUCCAGCAGUGACAGUCAUGGAGACAAGCUCGACUCGGAUGAGGAGGAUGACGAUGAUGACAUCGAGGCCCAAAUCAGAAGAGAGGUCGAAGGCCUGAAGCCCAGCGCGAGCAAGUCCCGCCCGUUUCAUGCCAUCAGAAUGGAUUUGCCAUGUCUGUUGUUUGUGCGAUUUGACAAAUCCAUCAAUCCAGAGGAAAUGGUACAUCAGCUUUGCUUAGACGCAGCUGCUAAUCCUGAAAAGAAACGAUCCCGAUGGAUCCAACGCAUGACACCUGCAAUUUCCGUUCGCAAAACUCUCAGUGUCGACCUGGAGUCUUUUGCACGGGAAAUACUCAAACCGCAUUUCCAUUCCGGGGGACCUCCCAAGAAGUACGCAAUUCGACCUGUGGUGAGAAGCAACAAGAAGUUCAACCGCGACAUUGUCAUCAAGACCGUUGCAGAUGUCGUGGGGCCCGAGCAUCCCGUUGAUCUCAAGAACUAUGACUUGAUCAUUCUCGUCACCGUUAUCCAGAAUGUCAUUGGCAUGAGUGUUGCCGGAAGUGACUACGAUCGGUUAAAGAAGUAUAACCUGGCCGAGUUAUACAGUCCAGCAGCUACGUCAGAGGCCGCCGAAUCUACUAAGGACUAACCUCGCAUUCUCCUUGACUGACUUUUGGGCGAUAUUUGGCGUCGGGAAAAAUCUUGAAAAAUGGCGGAAUGUGAUCGCCUCAUCAGCUCCAUGACAGACAAAAGCUAGAAAAAUGUAUAUACAGAGUUCGCGAUAUCCUAACCACCGAAAUGGCCUCUCUUAGUUCUAAAUGAUCCCCUCUAUGAGCCACAUGAACUUUAGAGCCGACGCAUGAUGCGUGGCUACCGGCAAAUUAGUUCAAAGUGGUGUAAUUUAGAGAUAAGAGGCUAUGGCAAAGGGAGGCAUAAUUUAUUGAAUCCCCGCUCGAAGGACGGUCCGUCUGCCAAUAGCUUGAUUGGAGGGCAAACAGAACAGGGAUGUGCCAAAAGUUACCCAAGCAGCACAACAUACAUUAGGUAGCACAAGUCUCCUACCUUCCGCGAUCAAUGUGCGAAAGGGUAAC